GAAUCAUAUACACCACUUAUUUUAAGAUUGAGGACAAACAAUAAUUUACCCAUUUGCUUUAUUCUUUGUAGAGUUUAGGAGUUUAUGGCUGCUGCUUCUUCUUCUACUGCCACUCCUCCCGUGGAGAAGUAUGAUGUUUUUCUGAGUUUUAGAGGCGAGGACACCCGCAAUAACUUUACAAGCCAUCUUCACGCGGCUUUGUGUCGUAAAAAGAUCGAAACUUUCAUUGAUAACCGGCUAGUAAGAGGAGAUGAAAUUUCUUCAUCUCUUUUGAAUACAAUUAAAAUAUCAAAGAUUUCGAUUAUCGUUUUCUCAAAAAAUUAUGCUUCUUCCAAAUGGUGUCUUCGAGAACUUGAACAAAUCCUUGAAUGCAAGAAUACAAGUUAUCAUAUUGUAAUACCGGUUUUCUACCAUGUUGAUCCUUCACAUGUAAGGAAUCAAACUGAAACUUUUGGGGAUGCAUUUGCUGAGCUUGAAGAACGAUCUAAAGAGGAGUUAGAGAUGCUACAAAGAUGGAGAACUGCUUUGAAGGAAGCUGCUAGUCUAUCUGGUUGGCCUAUAAAUGACGAAAUCCCUGAAUCUGUGCUUAUAGAGGAAAUUGUUGAGGAUAUUCUAGAGAGGUUAAAUAAAUUUUCUCCAACUGGUAAUUAUAAAGACCUUGUUGGAGUAGAAUUCGCCAUCGAAAAGAUUGAAUCUUUAUUGUGCAUUGGAGCAAAUGGUGUCAAAAUUGUAGGAAUUUGGGGAAUUGGAGGUAUAGGCAAAACAACUAUUGGUCGUGCUUUAUUCGACAAGAAUGCUAGUAAAUUUGAAGGUUCUUACUUCUUUGAAAAUGUUAGGGAAGAAUCUGAAAACAACAGAUUGACUCACUUGAGAAAUGAAUUUCUUUCCACAGUAUUAGAUGAUAAACAUACUAAUAGAGGAGUCGCCUUCACAAUAGAAAGGUUGAGACGUAUAAAGGCUUUUAUUGUUUUUGAUGAUGUAACAUGUUUGGAUCAUAUACAAAAACUAAUAGGAGACUUUAACCACUUGGGCUCAGGAAGUCGAUUUAUCAUAACAACAAGGGAUAAGCAGGUAUUGAGAAAUUGUGAAGUUGGUAAUGCUAGUAUAUAUGAGGUUAAAGGAUUAGGUGAUAAUGAUGCUUGCAAACUUUUUAGACAUCAUGCUUUUAGACAAAACCUUCCUACUGAAGAUUAUGGGGAGUUGUCAAACAGAGUGGUAGCAUAUGCCAAAGGUCUUCCAUUAGCUCUUAAAGUACUAGGGUCUUCUCUUUAUUCAAAGGGAAAAGAAGUUUGGGAAAGUGCAAUAAAUAAACUAGAAAAAGGUCCUCCUUUGGGUAUUAAGAAAAUACUAAAGGUUAGUUAUGAUGGACUUGAAAAAGAAGAAAAGGACAUAUUUUUAGACAUUGCAUGUUUCUUCAAAGGGGAGAACAAUAAUUCAGUAAUAGAAAUCCUCAAUGCUUGUGACAUCUCUGCAACACAAGGAAUAAAUGUUCUCAUUGAUAAGUGUCUCCUAAUUAUGUUAGGUGGUACAAUAACGAUGCAUGAUUUGCUUCAAGAAAUGGGUAGGGAAAUUGCUCGGGAAGAAUGUUCCAGUAAUGAACCUGGCAAACACAUUCGAUUAUGGCAUCGUAAGGAUAUCAACGAAGUAUUGACGAAAAAUAUGGGUGCCGAAACGAUACGAGGCAUAAGCUUGGACAUAUCAGAAUUAAGCGAUGCAGGUUUGGAUUUUCAAGCUUUCUCAAAGAUGCAUAAACUGAGAUUCUUCAAAUUUUAUAGCUCACGAGGCCUUGAAUCUCUUCCCACUUCGGCAAAAGCGUUCCUCAGUUUACAUGAAUACUCGUGUAAAAAUAAAUUGCUUGGUUUCGAAAACCUUGAAUUAUUUUCUGCUGAGUUGACCUACUUUAGCUGGCGUGGGUGUCCGUUAAAAUCAUUGCCAUUAAAGUUUCUUUCAGGGAAUCAAUUUUGGAAUGGUGUCAAGAAUCUCGUAAAUUUGAUUCAUAUUGACCUCAGUAACUCUAUACACAUAACAGAGGUUCCAAAUCUCUCUGGGUUACUAAGACUGAAGGAGAUAAUUUUUUUAUAUUGUUCAAAUUUGUCAGACAUCAGUUCCUCCUCUAUCCAGAAUCUCAAUAAUCUUGUGCAGCUGAAUCUAAGCUUUUGUGAGAAGCUUAUUAGUCUUCCAGACAACAUUCAAUCAAAAUCUAUUACUCUCCGUGGCUGCUCAAAUCUCAAGAUGACUCCAAAGAUCGCAAGUAAAGUGGAAAAGCUAGAUCUAAGUUAUACUGCAAUAAAAGAAGCACCUUUCGUUGAAUAUCCAUCCAGACUUGUUAGAUUGGAUCUUUCAUAUUGUCCAGAGCUUGAAAGUCUCUCGAGCAAUAUUUGUGAGUUGCAAUUUCUUCAGUAUCUUGCAGUAAAAGAAUGCCGAAAACUUGAAAGAUUACCGGAUGACCUUGGAAACUUGGAAGCUUUGAAAACAUUGGACGCUUCUGGUAUUUUCAUAAGAGAAAUACCAUCAUCCGUUUUCCAUUUGAACAAACUUUCUUCAUUACAGAUAUCUCGAUUAUCUGAUGAUGAAGCGCCGUUGAAUUGGGUACCGAAUUCUCUAUCAAGAUUGAUGUCUUUGAAACGUCUUGAGUUGAUUAACUGUCAAAUUCCGGAGCUACCAAACAAUCUUGGUCAAUUAUCCUUUCUAGAAAUAUUAGAUGUGUACGGAAAUAAUUUUGAGACCAUACCAGCAAGCAUCAAAGACCUUUCUAAUUUGGUUUUUCUGAACAUAUGCUAUUGUGAGAAGCUUCAGUCUUUACCAGAGCUUAAAAGUGGUCUAAAUGUGGCAGCAUAUAAUUGCUCAUCAUUAGAAUCAAUAUCAGAUUCAUCAUUUCUGUUCUCACAGAAUUUGAUGCAACAAAGAAUAAAUUUUGCGAAUUGUUUCAAACUGGAUCUAUCAGACAUUCUUCGCAAGGAAAUUUGUCGAGAAAUCUGUAACGGUAUAUGUUUCCCUGGAAAUGAAAUUCCACGGUGGUUCAGAUUUCAAAAUAUGGGAUGUCGUAUAACUCUGGAGAAGCCACCUGAUUGGGACAGCCAAUUUCUGGGUAUUUGUAUGUGCGCUGUUGUGACGUUUCCUGAAGGAUGCUACAUCAAAGACAAUUUCGUUGUUGAAUGUCACUGUAGUCUGAAAAGCAAAGAUGAUAAGGAUAGGAAGAUAGGAGUAUACUCAAGCUCUUUGCAUGCUUGGGACACUGAUGAUUUUGUCAAAUAUUCUGCUCCCACUGCACCCUACUAUAUUGGUUCAGAUCAUGUAUUCAUGGGGUUUAAUAAAAAUAUGAAAUCGUCAAUUAUUGAUUGGACCGAACUACAGGUUGACUAUGAGUUUCAGGCAAAGAAUUUGAGCCGUCGAAACUUUGAUAAAGAGAAAAACAAAGAUUGCAGGGAGGAUGAAGUGAAGGUGAAGAAGUGUGGAAUCCAUCUUCUGUACGCCAAUGAUUGUAUAAAACCAACAGACGGCUUUAGAGGAAGCAGUAACCGUGAUGAAGGGAGAAAGAUGGAAGAAACUGAACCACACUCUAUUAAAUUGCAAAUUUCAAAUUCCUUUGCAGGCAAUUCCAGCACAAGGAAGAAUUCAGUAAAUGUUUCAUCAAUAAGGAAAAGAAAGAGGAAGGGGAAGGGGAAGGGAAAGAGGAAGAGGAAUCACAUUUUUAAGAAAUUGAGAAUUUUCAGAUUCCUUUAAAAGAGAAUCUACCUCAAGCUUUUGCUUGAUCUUCAUGCAAAUGUAUCUGCGGGGACAUUUCAUUAUGGAACAUCAAUGGAUUUAUAGGUUUGAUCUUGUAUUUGAUUCUUGACCUUUGUGCAUAAUCUGUAUU